GUCGCACUUUACUAACGAACAGCCAUCGAGCCAGGACGUGACAGAUCACCAGCACAAUGGCACGCGGCGAGAACUCCACCCAGGGCGGUAGCGACAAGUCCGCCAACCCAAUGCGCGAGCUCCGCAUCCAAAAGCUCGUCCUCAACAUCUCCGUCGGCGAGUCUGGUGACAGACUUACUCGUGCCGCCAAGGUGCUCGAGCAGCUUAGCGGUCAGACUCCAGUCUACAGCAAGGCCCGCUACACCGUCCGUACCUUCGGUAUUCGUCGUAACGAGAAGAUCGCCGUUCACGUCACCGUCCGUGGCCCAAAGGCCGAGGAAAUUCUCGAGCGUGGCCUCAAGGUCAAGGAGUACGAGCUCCGCAAGCGCAAUUUCUCGGAGACUGGCAACUUCGGUUUCGGUAUCUCUGAGCACAUCGAUCUUGGUAUCAAGUAUGACCCAGCCAUUGGUAUCUACGGCAUGGACUUCUACUGCUGCAUGACCCGCCCAGGUGAGCGUGUUGCCAAGCGUAGACGCUGCAAGUCCAGAAUCGGCGCUUCCCACCGUAUCGACCAGCAAGAGACCAUCAAGUGGUACAAGAACCGAUUCGAGGGUAUCGUGAGGUAAAUGCUGUCAUGAAGGAUAAGGCUUUGGUUUAUGUCAUCUGAACGUGGAGCAUGGAACUGGCGCAAAAAGAGCAAGGCUUUGUAGACUCUCAUAGAUAGAGUCGAGACAGAUGUGGCCUAUCGGAGCUUUUUCACGCAUGAGCAAGAUCACUACAAUGGAGGCUUCAUCAAAAAGAUGAGACUCAGCCGUUUAACCAUUGA